AUGAAGUAUAGCGAAACAAUUCCAUCGCAACCAGUACCUCAAUGGGCUCUAUAUAAUGUCGAUUACGAUGAGCUCAAAACUCUGAUCAAAUCACACACCGUUAUGAACCACAACCAGACCAAUGCUAUUAUCAUUCCAGGACAGAAAGAUUCCUCUCUUUCGCAAUUUGAGGAUCUACUAUACAAUGAAUUAUCAUGUCAACAUGAGCGGGUGGAUAUAUUUGUCAGAAGCAAGGCAGAUGAGUUAGAUCGUCGACUAAAACAUCUCCAAAUGCAAGUGUCGAUGCUACUGUCAAAACUCCAUCGUCCCGGCAAAAAAGGUAACUCUGUAUCCUUGCGACGAGGUAGCAAGUUUGCCAAAUGUGACACUCAAAUUGAAAGAUGCGGUGAGGAUAUUCGAUGUCUACAAGGAUUUAUCGCUGCCCAAUACAUAGCAUUUCGUAAGAUCUUGGGGAAAUAUCAUAAGUGGACAGGUUCAGAAAUACUAAGUGAAAGGUUUUCUAAUGACGUUCUUGGCAGCCCGAAAAGUUUUAUUCGGCAGGAUCUAAGUGCACUAGCAUCCCAGUAUACUGAUCUUCUAUCAAAUCUUCGAUCAGCUGCCCCAAUCAUCAGUAAAGAUGAUAUUCAAGGAAGACCGCACUCGGACACACGACUAUCCAGUCCUAAGGCACAAGUUGAACUUGAAACUUCGUCAUUGCCAUACUGGAACGAGUAUGAUGAUGCGAGCGAAGCAGGCAAUGAACCGUAUAUAAUUUACAUUGAUUCCGAGUCGGAUUAUUUUCCAGGCGCGAAGACUUUAGCUCUGGCUCUCUCCAAAGCCACAAGACCCAUCGUUAAACUUAAAGAGUGGUUAAUCCCAUCCCAUUCAAAAACAGAGCGACAAAAUCUUCUCGAAAAUGAGUCCGAUAUCUAUGGUGAGCAGCAGAGUGUUGUCGAUACAGAAGUAGGUGAUGAUGGUAAUGUUCAACCCAAUUAUUCCGCAGAAAGCUUCAUCAAUUAUGCCACUUUUCCGAACACAGGAAGAUCAAAGAUACGUACGCAGCGGGAAAACCUGGCAUUUUACACAAUUAUAGGUUGUUUUGCGGCAUCCUUUAUUCUAUUCGUUGUAGCAGAGCUUUUAGCAAGCACAGGAAAGAAAAAACUUCGUACUGAAGUUGAUACAGGAGUUAUACUGGGUGUCUUUUCUAGCUUGUUAUUUGCGACAAUGGGUUUUUGCCUAUCGCAUUGUCAUUACGAGAAUGUUAGCUGGACUCACAAACUCGCCGUCACUGCUAUCUUUGCCCUUUGCUGUAUUUUGAACGGCUUUUUACUAAUACAAAUAUCUGAUUAG